AUGACCCCAUCAACCAAAACAACCGCAAUAACAAACGCCCGAGUCUUCAACGGCACCACAUUCUCCCCACCAACAACCAUAACCAUCACCGGCGCACUCAUCAGCACCCCAGAACAAACCCCAACACACACCAUCGACGCAAAAGGCGCAUAUCUCCUCCCAGGCCUAAUAGACGCCCACAUCCACCUCUCAGGCCCAGAAGACCUAGCAACCAUGGCCCGGCACGGCAUCACCACCGCGCUCGACAUGGCAACCUGGCCAAUCGAGCGGCUCACAGCCCUCCGCAACCAAAAAGGCCUGACCGACAUCCGCGGCUGCGGCCUCGCAGCCUGCGGGCCCGGCAGCGCCCACAGCCACAUCCCCGGCCGCCCCGACGACGCGGUCGUGUCCAGCCCAGCGCAAGGCCGCCGCUUCGUGCUGGACCGCCUCGCCGAGGCCGCGGACUACAUCAAGAUCGUGGCUGACGUGCCGGGCCCGACGCAGGAGACGCUGGAUGCGAUGGUGGGCGCUGCGCACGAGCACGGGAAGCUUGUUAUCGCGCACGCGGUCACGGUCGAGGCGACGCGCAUGGCGCAGGCGGCUGGCGUGGAUGUUGUUACGCAUGCGCCUGUUGACGGGCUGAUGAGUGCGGAAGAGGUUGGGGAGAUGGUGCGCGCGGGCCGCGUGAGUGUUCCUACGCUUACGAUGAUGAGGGGCGUUUGUGCGCGGCGGGGCGCGGAUUAUGCGGUUUCCAGGAUGAAUGUUGAGGCGCUGUUUAGGGCUGGUGUGGUGGUUUUGGCGGGGACGGAUUCGAAUCGGGCGCCUGGUGUGCCGGCGGCGGUUGAGCAUGGUGUUAGUUUGCAUGAGGAGUUGGAGUUGCUGGUUGAGUGUGGGUUGUCGACGGCUGAGGUUCUUAGGGCUGCUACUUGUUUGACGGCGGAGGUGUUUGGGUUGCGGGAUCGUGGACGUAUUCUGCCCGGUCUGAGGGCUGAUCUUUUGCUUGUUGAUGCUAAUCCGUUGGAGGAUAUUAGGGCCACUAGAGGCAUUGUCAAGGUUUGGCUUGGUGGACUGGAAUAUGCGCUGUAG